CUGGCGCUGGAGUCAGGCAUCAUGACAGCUCUGGCCGGAGGUUUGCCCAGAAUGAUGAGACCAUCUCCCCACCAGAACUACCCCCGCGGAGGAUACUCUCUGGAAGUGUCCACUCCUUUAGGCCAGGGCCGGGUGAACCAGCUCGGGGGAGUCUUCAUAAACGGCAGGCCACUUCCAAACCACAUUCGUCACAAAAUCGUUGAAAUGGCGCAUCACGGGAUCCGGCCGUGCGUAAUAUCCAGACAGUUACGCGUCUCCCACGGCUGCGUCUCCAAAAUCCUGUGCCGCUACCAGGAGACAGGCUCCAUCAGGCCGGGAGCCAUCGGAGGCAGCAAACCCAAGCAAAUAACUUCUCCGGAGGUUGACAAGAAAAUCGAAGAAUACAAGAGAGAAAACCCGGGCAUGUUCAGCUGGGAGAUCCGUGACAAGUUACUGAAAGAUGGAGUGUGUGAUAGAAACAGCGUUCCCUCAGUGAGCGCGAUAAGCCGCAUCAUGAGGUCCAAAUUUGGCGGCAGUGGAGAGGAAGACGAGGAGGAUGAAGAGAUGGUGAAAAGAGAGAUGGAUGAGGGCGAGACGCGCACAAAACACAGCAUUGAUGGCAUCCUCGGGGGCACCUCAAGCCAUUCGGACGAAGCUUCAGAUGUGGACUCGGAGCCGGGGUUGCCUUUGAAGAGAAAGCAGCGUCGCAGUCGAACCACCUUCACCGCGGAACAACUGGAGGAGCUGGAGAGGGCUUUCGAGCGCACGCACUACCCUGACAUUUACACCAGAGAGGAGCUGGCACAGCGGGCCAAGCUAACAGAGGCUAGAGUCCAGGUGUGGUUCAGCAACAGAAGGGCUCGUUGGAGGAAGCAGGCAGGAGCCAAUCAGUUAAUGGCGUUCAACCACCUUAUUCCCGGAGGUUUUCCCCCGACCGCUAUGCCUGGUCUGCAGCCGUACCAGCUUUCUGACAGUCCCUACCCUCCAACAUCUAUUGCUCAAGCAGUGUCCGAGCAGCCCAGUACAGUGCACCGGCCUCAGCCCCUGCCCCCCACCACAGUGCACCAGAGCGGACUCACCUCCUCGGUCAGCAGCCAGGACGCAGGGUCAGCGUACUGCUUGUCUUCUGGACGUCACGGUUUCUCAGGGUACUCCGAGAGCUUCGUGACCCCGACGGCGCACGGCAACCCCGGAGUGAACCCGGCCAUCAGCAACAGCCUCUCCCCACAGGUGAUGGGCUUGUUGAACCCAAGUGCAGUGCCACAUCAGACCCAGAGUGACUACGCCAUCUCUCCCUUGACUGGAGGUCUGGAGGCUAACGGAGGAAUGUCCAGCACCUGCCAUAGUUCCCAGAGACUAGAGGCUCUCCCAGGGCUGGCCAGCAUGCCCACUCUGCCCAGCAGCCAGUCCUACUGCCCCCCGUCAUACACGUCGCCCGCUUAUGCCGUGGACCACCAUCCAUCUUAUCAGUAUGGACAAUACAGCCAGAGCAAGGUGCCAUUCAUUAUCUGAGUCCAGCCUCUUGGCCCGGGCAGGAUGCUUCCUCUGGCUGGUCUGGAGAACAGAACAUCCCCAAACUCUGACCAGGACAACAGACAGACAGAGGCUAGUCUAAACUGUGGCGGACUGGAUUAAUCAGGACCAAAAGGCUGUUUCCUGUUACCUGGAACUCACUGCUUUGUGCGUCAUGCUCCAAGGACCAAGCCUGGAUCUGUGAACACACAAAGGGAGAAGAGUUAGCAGCGGUGCUGGGGGAACAGACUAAAUACAUUCAAGAUCGUGUGUUUGAUUUUUGUAAUAAGAGGCAGUAGACUUUGUAAGUCUUAAUGCAAAGUGGAUGGACUUGUAUCGUUGACUGAUCUGGUGAUAAGAUGUUAUUUCUAAACGCAUUUUAGGAAUAAUGAGAUUCAUGUAAUGUUUAUGUGAGACAUUGAAGAUAAGAAUGUGAGUGUAGAGCACACCGUACAGCUGUGUCAGAGUGCAACCACUGCAACCCAAAGAAAGUGCAAUACAUUCAUACCUCAUGUGAAAGAAGAACAAAGCCCUGAUAUAUGCUCUAACAGACUUUUGUCACCCGUCAUCAGGGAAUAAUGUAAAUCGCUAAACAUGUAGUUAUGUUUUUAUAAAGCCAAAAAUGUCUCUGCCCGUUCACAUUCAUUUUGACUCUAAUUUUUGCAUGUUUUUCCCAUUCUUUUUCUUUUCGGGAACUUGCCAAGUAUAGUUCCUUAUUUAUUUAGUAUUGUUCAAGUGUUGGGUCUGUUU